GUUACCUCCCUCUAUAAACUUUCCCGAGAAAGUGAGAGAGAGGAGAGAAGAAACGCUCCUCUUCCGAUCCUCUCUUCUCGUAUUUUCUCACCUAUCAAACACCCCAGCCCGUCCUCAAGCAAACCCUAAUUUUCUCCUGAAUCUCAUCAAUGGCGGAUGCGUUCUGCACCGACUGUAAGAAAAACACCGAGGUCGUGUUCGAUCACUCGGCGGGCGACACGGUGUGUUCCGAGUGCGGGCUUGUGCUAGAGUCUCACUCGAUUGAUGAGACCUCCGAGUGGAGAACGUUCGCUAACGAGUCGGGCGACAAUGACCCGGUCCGUGUUGGCGGCCCAUCCAACCCACUUCUCACUGAUGGUGGCCUUUCUACCGUUAUAGCGAAGCCGAACGGGGUUUCGGGCGAUUUCCUGUCGAGUUCGUUAGGGCGAUGGCAGAAUCGGGGUUCGAAUCCUGAUCGGGGUCUGAUUCUGGCUUUCAAGACCAUCGCGACUAUGUCUGAUAGGUUGGGCCUUGUUGCGACAAUAAAGGACCGCGCUAAUGAAAUAUAUAAGAAGGUAGAAGAUCAAAAGUCUACUAGAGGAAGAAAUCAAGAUGCUCUGUUGGCCGCCUGUCUCUAUAUUGCUUGUCGACAAGAAGACAAACCACGCACUGUAAAGGAAAUUUGUUCUGUUGCCAAUGGAGCCACAAAGAAAGAAAUUGGCCGAGCAAAAGAAUACAUAGUGAAACAACUAGAGGCUGAGAAGGGUCAAUCGGUAGAGAUGGGAACUAUACAUGCUGGAGACUUCAUGAGGAGAUUUUGUUCCAAUCUCGGGAUGACCAACCAAGUGGUUAAAGCUGCCCAAGAAGCUGUGCAGAAGUCUGAAGAGUUUGAUAUAAGGAGAAGCCCAGUAUCAAUUGCAGCAGCAGUUAUUUACAUUAUAACUCAGCUUUCAGAUGAGAAGAAGCUUCUCCGAGAUAUCUCAAUUGCUACGGGAGUUGCAGAAGGAACAAUCAGAAACUCCUACAAGGAUCUCUAUCCCCACAUUUCAAAGAUAAUACCAAGUUGGUAUGCCAAGGAGGAGGAUCUCAGAAAUCUUUGCAGCCCUUGAACAAAGUUGUGGAGCAAAAUACAACAGCAGCGGCGGAGCACACAAUAUCCGUCUGGGAGCAUAUCUUGCAUUCGAAUGUUCUCCAAGUCUUGUUGAACAUACAAAAACCAUUCCAAUUUUCCUUUUCCUUUUCUUCUUCUUCUUCUCCUCCUCUUAUUUAGUUUUCCAUGAAUGGUACCAAUGCCCUUGUGGAUUUUGCUUGGAUUUUUAUUUUAACACUUUAGGCAUCAACAGCUAUUUUUUUAGAUGUUGGCUAUCCCUUGACCAACACACACUCCCAAGAGUGCAUAUAAUAUAAGAUAUUUCAUUUCGUUCAUA